AGUAAAUCAAAUUCAUUCCCUAAAGCACCUCACCUCACCUCACCUCACUUUACCACACUACAACACUUCAUUUUACCUCACUUCACCGCCACUCCUCAUAUCAUUUUAAACCUUCAGAUCUCCAAACCUUCAAAUCUUCAUUUCAUUAACCCCCUCCCUUUUACAUUCACUUUUUUUUAAAGAAAAAAAUAAGAUUUUCUUUUAUUUCUCAAAGAUGUCAACCACAACUCAUUUCCAGUGCGAUAUGACUUGCCAAACUCCAACAUCAUCUCGCUCACUGUCUCCUUCUUCGUUAUCAAGUAAUCGCCAACCCUCACCAAAUAACUCUACAAACUCUAGAGACCUCUCACCAGGUACAAAGUCAGACAGACGACCAAUCUACCGUUCCAAGAGCACCAGUACGCUCUUGGCAAGUACCUCUACGUCCUCACGGCGCUUGAGCUCUGGAUCAGCCUGUGACACAUGUCGAAAACGGAAGACAAGGUGCGAUGGAAAUCAACCAUGUGCCUUUUGUGUCUGCAACGACAAGGCUUGUACACACACUCCCAAUAGUAGACGCAAGAGAGCACCCUCGGUCACUGCUCCCGGCAUUCUUUCCAAUAGAUUACCCACACGUCAAAGUCGGCCAUCUUAUCUUUGCCUGCCCUGGUUCCCCAAAACCGAUGCCGAUGACAAGCAAUCUAAUAAUCAGGAGUAUAGUUACAAGAAGAGGAGCGCUGAACAAAAGUUGCGAUUGGUAACAAAAGCAGGCUACCCAUUUAUGACAUCAAACCCCUGGCAAUGUCAAGAUAGUUUGGCACCUCUGUCAAAAGUCAAACCCAACCUAUGCCUUGAUCACCACUCCGGUCCAAUAACUCAAUCUUGGUCCCUGCCUACUUCAUCAAUAGACACCUAUAGAGAUCUACAGAACUGUCCUCCAACAAAAGAAGAGAUUCCAAGCAUCAUCGAUCAACUUUCAUGCCUAACGUUUUCAGCUGCUACUUUGGCAUCUGUGGAUCGCAACACAAAUUAUCCAAUCUACCCCCUCUCUUCACACGUCAUAAACAAGAUUCCCUCUCGCCAUGUAUCACCUUACAUGUCUAUCCAUAUAUAAGCACCAACGCGUCACCAAGCACUCUUCUACAUUCAAGUUAUACUUCAACCGCACCCAAACCUUGCUUUUACUUUUUUUAUGACGUACAAACAUUACAUGUGUAUAUAAACCAAAAUCACACACAAAAAUAGCACCCUCACUGUCACUCACUCGCCCAGUCACUCAUUCAUUCAGUCACUUACUCAGUCACUCAGGCACUCAGGCACUCAGGCACUCAGGCACUCAGUUACUUAUUCACAAAACAAAACAAAAAAUCACUACAGAAAUCACACACAAACUUCUUCUUCUUCUUCUUCUUCUUCUUAUAACUAUAUACACUUAGGCCCCUUUCUCUUUUGUUUUGGUUUUUAUUUUAUAUUUUAUUUUCUUCCUUUUUGUUCUUCUUCUUUCGUUUAGCUUCGUUUCGAUUUGUUUCGAUUCGUUUCGUUUAUUUGAUUUUUUUUCUUUUUUUUUCUCUGAACCUUCUUCCGCUCGUUAUUACUUUUAUGCUAAAAACAACAAAUAUUGUCUUUUGAGGAAAUCUGAUAAUUGAUUGUUGGACAGACCAUUUUAUUAUUAUAAUUAAUACUUUCUGCAUUGACCAAUUACUGUAUUUUGAAUAAAAUAAUAAUAAUAUUAAUAU